ACUGAUCCUGUUGUGGAUGUUUCAGUGACACAAAGGCUAAGGAAUGGAUACAACAACCACACGCCAUGCCAAAGCCAUCAAGUGGUCACGUCUGAAAGCGACGACCUCCCCACCUGCUAGUCUGCAACCACCCCGGAUUUCAUCUGGCCAACAAUAUCUGCUGUAAGGAGUUGUACUAGGAAGUGAAUUGGCUGAGGCUCAUCUGGAAGAUCAAGGCGUGGUCCUGUGGAUUCUGUGAAGCUCGGUGGUGGUGGUUGUGUGUCACUAUCUGGUGUUGUUGAUUCCCAUGGAAUAGAGCUUCUUCUGUAUCCCCUCUCUCUCCCCGUCACUGUUCUUUGCCCCUGCCCUCUCCCCCUCCCUCUCCCUCUCCCUCUCCCUCGACCACCUCUACUCCCUCUCCCUCUCCCUCGUCCACUUCUACUCCUUCUACCAUUCACACUCUCUCCGCUGUUCUCCAACUCACUCCUACUCUCAUCUCUUGCAGGUGCAGGUGUUUGCAAGAUCUCUCCUGCAUCAUCUGUUAUUGUGAUUAGCUAUCAAUAAUCUUUUCUCAUACAUAUUAUUGUUCUUACCAUUUGUGUUUCAAUCAUCAUUUUCCGAUUCUGUUCCAGGGAUUGGAAAGUCAGGAUCAUCAUCUAUUU